AGGACAACCUAUUGUGAAAUCGAGGCAGUGUAAAUAAAACUCCAGGAACAUGAAACGUUCGGGUGACAGUGAGAGAAAGAAGAAAAGAAAGAGACAGAAGCUUCUGCAGGAGCUGGGAGGACAGCGCAUUCCCUUCCUCUCUCCCUCGGACCCCGGGUUCCAGGAGCUGUGGGAGUCCAGUUACACUGGCCUGGCCCUGCGGCCGGCCGACUCCCUGCCCGCCGCCCUGCACGACCGCGUCCGGGCCGCCCUGCACGCCCUGCAGCGACGGGGCUGCCUGUUCCGGGACCUGGUGCGCAUCCGGGGCCGCGACGUCUUCACCGCCGUGUCCCGCUCGCUCCUGGGCGGGCCCGGGGACACCUACCGCUACCUGGGGACGCGCCUGUUCGCCCUGCCGUGGCACAACGACGGGCAGGAGGACGGCGAGGCGUGCUGCGACCGCGAGCUGAGGGAGGCCUGCCGGGCCCUCUGGGAGCUCAACGAGUACUUCUGCGAGGACGUGGAGCGCCGGGAGGCGGCGGGCCAGCCGGAGGCCGACGAGGACCCGCCGGGCGGCCAGGGGAGCUCCAAGACGGACGCGUCGGAGGCGACUCCCGCGGAGGCCCCCCGCUUCAACAUCACCCUGCUGAACUACAUGGACCCGGCGGCCAUGAACGACCUGAAGGAGGAGCCCUACUACGGCAUGGGCAAGAUGGCGGUGAGCUGGCACCACGACGAGAACCUGGUGCCGCUGUCGCCCGUGGCCGUCUACAACUACAGCUGCCCCGACGAGAAAGGUGGAGGUUCGGGGGACGGAGAGGUGGACGGGGCCAGCUGGCGCGUGGGGCUGAAGGUGGCCUGGGACAUCCACACCCCGGGCCUGGCGCUCCCCCUACAGUCGGGAGACUGUUACUACAUGCGAGAUGACCUGAACAGGACCCACCAGCACUGUGUCUUGGCAGGGGGGACGGCUCGAUUCAGCUCCACGCACAGAGUGGCGGAGUGCUCGACCGGUACUCUGGACUACAUCCAAAGACGUUGCCAGGAGGCUUUAGAAAACCUGCACACGGACCCGGACACCGGCACCAAGACCCUGCAAUCCCUGCAGCCCUCAACGCUCCAGCUCUCCGAGGAGAUACACAACGAGGUGGAGUUUGAGUGGCUGCGGCAGUACUGGUUUCAGGGCCGGCGCUGUGCCAGGUUCUGCAGCUGGUGGAGCAAACCUAUGGAGCAGCUGGAGGAGUCCUGGGCACAGAUGGAGAGCAUGACGCAGCUGGCCCUGGCGGCGGCGGAGGACGAGGGGAGUGCGGAGGACAGGAGGCGAGAGGUGGCAGAGACCCUCCUCACCGCCCUCACUGAUCGACAGGAGCAGAGACAGACCUGGAGGGACAGGUGCCAGUCCAGUCUCGCCCAGACCUUGCCCCCCGAGGAGGCGCCCGUCAACCGGCCCUACUGGGGCGAGGACGACCCCCCCAGGCCUCUGCCCUUUGAUCUGACUGACAUCAUUAGCCGGGUGGAGUCUCUCCUGUGGAGGCUUUGAAGGACGGCUGUGAGGGAGGUCCACCCCCCCCAGCCCCGGCCCCCAUCCCCACCCCGCCGUUUCAACCUAAACGGAUUACUGAAGAUAGCGAUCUGCUCGCCUUUAGACAAUAACCAUCAGCCCCGGGAGCAGAGGCUGACACAACCCCGGACUCCGUCGCCCCUGGCUACAGCUGCAUGUUUAACAGGCGGGGGUGGGGUUGGGGAGGGGGGAGGAGGGGUGUUUGUAGGGGUGGGGUCUAGGGGGGGUUGUCAGCUGUUUGACGGGGAGGGCAGAACCACACAUAGGGCAUUGCACUCAUUUAUUAUCUUUUCUAGGUCAAGCAACCACAAGUAUUACCACGAUCAAACCCGUGCUGAAGUAGUAGAAUUGCUGUUCGUUCCUUGUUCGUAUUUGAACUCCACGUAAACGACAUAUCGCUGUUUUUCGCCCGCAUGAAGUUGCACAGCGCUGACUGUUCCGCAUAACGGCUUCGCCGCUCCUGCCUCCUGUCCCCCCCCCCCCCCCCCGCACACUCAUCUCCCAAAUGAACUCGAGCACUCACCCGUCGCCAGUGUCCUCUCGCCCGGCGCGUAGUAAUUAGGCCCACGGACACUGUAGAGGCGUUGUAGGGCUUUUAGGUGGAACCCCGACCGCGAAACCUUCCGAUUCGCGCGGCAGUGUCGUCGUAACGCAUCGUAACCGUUUUCAGAAGCCGAACGCUCGUUUUUCUCGACCCCCGGAUCUCAGAAGCAGGAAGCAGGAAGCAGGAAGCAGGAAGGGCCUUUUAAUGUUUUUGCUUCCGGUCCUGAAGGCAAUGACUCCGACUCUCACGUCUUUUUCUAUCUGCGUCCCGAACAUUCUGUCUGGGGAGGGGGUGAGUUUAGGCGACCAGCCUGCGGUGGGGUUGGGAACACCAUCCAUGGUCACGUGACCUUCUAUUGAUGAAAGCCAAACCACCACCCCCACCCCCCCGCUGCAGAGAGCCUGUAUUAACAUCCAGCACUUGAACCAGUGCUUUUCGUAAUUACAGCUGUUUUGUCAUUUCUAAUUACACUUAAACGUGUUCAGUGCUAGUUCUGCUGUUACGCUGCAGGCAAUGUGUGUGUGAGGGAGAUCCCUUAUUAAAAAAGGUGCAUAAAACGAAGAAGUAUGAAAAGAACUCUUUAUAAUGUGUAAUGUGUUGAAUGUCAAAGCCAAAUGUUUUUUUGUCCCCAGUUUCUCCUCCUUGUUGUUCUUGAUGAAGUAGAAUUGCUGUCUAGUCUCCCGUCGACCGAAUGCAAAUAAAUCUAUUUUUGAAUUUUUUUAUAAUGUUUAGAGUUACUAAUUAUUUUGUUAUUGCCAAAUGUGUCGCUCGUUCUGUGUGUUUCCGGAGGAAUGAGAAUAUGGCAGUUUUCCGUUUUUCAGUUUGUUUUUUGUUUUUUUAGAAUCCACGCCACCCACGGCUUGUAUGAAGAAGGCAUUGCAGGUGUGUCCAAAGCAAAAAGGCAUCACUGUAAAUGAAAUAAAACCGCAGCUUCUGAAUGCG